AUGAAGCCGCAAAAAAAAUUAACAAAAAUGCCCACGACUUACAAAAGGAAAAAUGAAGAGAGAGCUAAAUGGAGUGCCGGUUCUUUAAGAAACGCAAUUGAAUGUGUACAAAAUCGUACAAUGGGUAAAAAAACUGUGGUUAAACAGAAAAAAACAUUAGAAGGUUCAAAUUCGGAGAGCGAAAGUCCAGUAUUGCAGGAAAGUGAUACAUCAGCAGAUGAAUGGGACGAGAACGAAUGCGAUUACAGAAACUUAUUAAAUAACUUAUUAAAAACAAGAAAAAAGGAAUACUACGACAGCAAAAUCAAGAAAACCAAUAAUAGUAGUAAGAUCUUAUGGGAUUGUGUAAAUGAGAUUUCCGGUAAAAGGAAUAAAAAGGCAGAAAUAGAUAAGAUAAAAAUCGAAAGUGGGGAAGAAAUAUCCAAUAAAAAUGAUAUUGCUCAGAAGUUUUUGGAACACUUCACAAGCAUUGGUGAAAAACUGACAGAGAAGAUACCACGCACUGCUCCUAUCAAACAAGGCGUGUCCAAGAUGCCACAUGAGUGUUGGCUGGUCGAACAUCGACCAGCUGACAUAUCCGACAAAAAAGCCUCGGCUGCCCAAACUAUUUGCAAUCCAACGGCAGCUAAAAACCUACGUGAAAUGAACAGAAUUAUCGCUGCUGAGAUUAGCGACCAAACAGAUUUUAAGGACCUACUCGCCAUGAUCUAUGCUGGGGCAUUCGCGGUUCUAAAGCUAAACGGACAGAGACCUACAGAUGUUAUAAGUCGGAACGGAACUAAAAGGCAGCCAGCUUGGGAAAGGAGGCUAAGCAAGAACAUAGAUAAUAUCAGGAGCGAUAUAGAUAUCCUAACGCAGUACCAAAAACCAACAGCCAGAGAGCAAAGAAUCAGAUCGUACACCACAAGAGAAACAUCAUUUCCUAACACAGAAGACAUAAGACACUUCUGGAGCGGUAUAUGGAGCAACCCCAGAGAACACAGAACAGCGCAUUGGUAUCAGCAAGAGAAGGCUAGAACUUCCAUACAAGCAAUGCUGUCUUGGACCAUAACUAAGGAUGAUGUAGUGAAAGCAAUAGUACUCGAGAAUCAGUCGGCCCUAUUGUACUGGGACAGGCCAGUCAGAGCCGAUAAAACAGUUGACUAUAACCGGCCAGACAUACUACUGAUCGAUAAAAAUAAACGGAAAGCAUACGUACUUGAUAUAGCAGUUCCACUCACAGUAAACAUAAUCAGAACCGAAUACACCAAGGCUGAAAAGUACCAAAACCUUACCAUUGAAAUCAAAAACAUUUGA